UUGGUCAUCAAACGUGUCGUGAAUAUGAACGGAAAGGGAAAGCAACCUUCGAUGUACGCCCUUGUUGUGGUCGGCAACGGCGAAGGUUUGGCUGGUUAUGGCGAAGGCAAGGACGAAGAGGCUUCCAGAGCCGUCCGCAAGGCUACCAACAGAGCCAUCAAGAACCUGCGUUAUUUCGAUCGUUAUGACAACCGCACCGUAUUUAUGGACAUUGUCCAUAAAUUCCAUGCUACUACCCUGGAACUCCGUAGCAGACCUCCUGGUUUUGGAUGCCGUGCAAACCACUACAUUCACGAGAUCUGCAGAUGUAUUGGUAUUCAGGACUUGAGUGGUAAGGUCCGUGGAUCAACAACCCCCAUGAAUGUCAUCAAGGCAACGUUUGAAGCUUUGUCCCACCAAAAAUUGCCAGAGGAUAUCGCAAAGAUGAGAGGAAAGAAGCUGGCAGAUGUUCAGCAUGUGUACUUUGGUGGCCAAUAA